AUGUCUAAAUUAACAAGAGUUAUUUUAAUAUUUGCUGCGGCGUCAGCUGUUAGAAUCGAAGAUGAGGGUUUGGAGUCUUUGGACUCUCACGAAGUAAUGAUAGCACAGGAGUCUAGGAAGUAUCACAAGCUAGUUGCGCCAUCGGUCCGAAUUACAAAGCCUAAUGGUGUUACCAACUCGCACAGACCUCAGUACGAUCUAGAUUCCUUAGACGAGGAAAUAGCUAACCCAGACGUACAGAACUUCUUCGAAGCUACGACUCGGAAAAGUCUGUAUAAAACUUACAACCCUCAUAAUGCGAGGAAUAUGGAGGCAAUGAUCAGAGAUGCGGUUCUUAAAGCCUUGGAGAGAAGAGAUCAUGUGGGAAAAUUUGCACAAAUUCUUCCCAUUAUCAGGGCAAUGAGCCGAAGUCAGAGGGUCGCAUUAGCGUCACUAGUUGCCAGUCAAGUAAGCACUCCACCAGGAAGGAUUCCACUUAAUCUUUCACAGGUGAGAUCUAUGUUCGGUAACGAAGACAAUUCUUCCUCCGAGCUGAUGCUCCCGAUACUGUUAGACAUGGCUAAUUUGAUCCGACGGGCAGUUAGAUCAGGAAAGGAACCGAGAGAAGUAAAACUGCCAUCGACACUACCGCAAGUCCCGUUCCUUAGACGUUCAUUCCUCGAAGACACGUCACAGAGCGAUGAGUUUGAUCCGGGUGUUGUGGAAUUCAAAUCACUUAAAACCACUACCACUAAACCAAAACUCACUUUCAAGAAUCUCAAUACAAGAAUCAGACCUCAAAGAACUACAGAAACUCGAUCCAAUAAAACAGAUGUAGAGAAUAAAACUGUACAAGUUAACAAGACACUAAUCGACAGUUUGUUACAGAGUAACGUUGAUAACUUCGAUUUUACUUCUGUUGACAAUAAUGACAAUAAAAAUAAAACGACAAAUGAAACCACUGCAAUGGAGCCACCACAGCAAACACAGGCUGAAGGCAGAUCGAUGACGCUUGCUGACAACAUGACUUUGGACCUGACAGCCGACGCUACCAAUCACUCGUUGGUACACCAGCUGCCCGUAGCUGAGAAACUCCGUUCGUUUAACAGAUACGUUGACAGAAAAGGAAAUACAAUCCGUCGUGGCACUUACACUUCAAAAUCACCGCUUGUACUUCGUCGCACUACAGCUGAACCAACACCAGCGCCAUCUUUAAGCUCUAUCAGUAGACGGAGACCAUUUCCAGCCAGAAAACUCCCAACCUUAUCAGGAGAGCAGAAAAAGUGUGAACAAUUUACCAAUACGGUUUGCCUUCACAUUGAUGAUUACCCUGCGGAAGCUAUAGUCCAGUCAAUAAGGCGUAACAAAGGGGCCGGAGCACUUCUAGCUGACAUUAAGGACCCUGGAGAAGGAGCUGUUGAUGGCAUUACUGCAUCACAGGAGGCAAAAUAUACCGCUGAGCACUACCUUGUGUCCAACAGGCGUGGCGACACAGCCAGCAGAGAUUUCGCGAGUGCAGGAGAGGCUGGCUUUAUGUGCCCCAGCACCGUAAAGUACGCUAGACCGCAGCGAGCAAGGGCUACUUCGGGGCAGUGGAAAUAUAUCGUGAACACUGGCGAGCAUACUCAGACAUUACGAUUGGAAAAAUGCUUAAAACCAAAAGAAUCGUGCACUUAUUUGACUGAUAAUUUUAAGUCUAAAUGUGUACAAGUAUAUAACUAUCACAGACUUUUAACUUGGGAUCAGCAAAAUGGCUUGCAUAUGGAUAUAUUUAAGGUUCCCACGUGCUGUUCCUGUCAUAUUGAAGGAUACAGCGUCGCUUUUCCACCACUAGGUCAAAGAAUAUAUGAAACUUCGUCAGAACAUUUUCCUGGAGAAGAAUUAUCCCCAGAACAUGCUAAUCAGGCUGUUCAAUCCACCGUUAAGAAACCUGCAGUUACGAAAACUUACAAUUUUCCAUUUAACAAGCCAUUAGACACAUUGCCUUCAUUGAUUGAUAAGCAUAACUCAAUUCCAGGCCUAUUAUUUUCAGAUGUAAGUGAUGACGAUGAGCUUAGCAAUAUGUCUCCACAUAGUUUUAAAGAUUCUUAUGGGAAUUCUUACUUCCCGGAUUCCGUUAAUCAAGGAACUUCAAUAAGAAACAUUAGGAAACCUCCUUCGGCCCGGAACCCUGUCGAAACAAUUGAUUUUAAUACCGCAACAUUACCAAGCUAUUUAGAACCUCCCACGCCAUCAGGAUCAUCUUCGUUAUCGUACUUUAAAGAUGUUUUAAACAAAUACAAAUAUACUGAUAACUUAUUUAAAAAAGGCAUUUCAAGACAAAAUCGUCGGCCAAUUAGAAAUAAAAUAUCUAAUGGACCAGAAGAUUUAGUACCUUCCGGUACGUCUGCAGUUAGCUCAUUUUCUAAUGAUAAUUCAGAUAUUAAGGAAGAGUUGCCUCCGGGAUUUCAGAGUUCUGACUCAAGGAAAACAAAUCCUAACACCAGUGUUAGAGUAACAAUAGCACCUAAGUUAUUUGCAGUGACAACAGAAAAACAAUUUAGUGCUUUAAGACCUAAAGGGGAGAACGUUACAAGUAGUAAGCGUGUCAAUUAUAAUUAUCAUCCUAUAAUUGAAUUUUUUGAAGAAGAAGAUAAGAAAGGUAAUGAGUCUAUUGAUAGAGAGGAUAAUAUUUCCGAAUUUAUACCUGAAUCAGAAUGGAAACCUAUCAGUCAACUAGCUUUGACUGAAAAAUCUUAA